GCAGACAAAUAAUUUUUUUGGGUGGGUUGACGGGGUUUUCAUUUGGUUGCUUUCACAUUUUUGGGUAAUUAUUUCUUAUACUUUGCACAUUGGAAAUCGAGCUUUUAUCGACAGACAGCUACGGCAGGAAUUGAAAACACUUUUUUUAAUAUAAUUUCCACUCAGUAGACCUCGUACAUACAGAAUCGAGUGCUAGCCAUCUUUUUCAUUUGCCUCAGCAUACAUAAUCAAUAACUUUACAAUCAUGAGCGCCAAGCCCGCCACCGGAAACGAAGUCGACGAGCAGGUCGAGCUGUGGAAGAUGAAGAAGCUUAUUAAGAGCUUGGAGGCCGCCCGCGGAACUGAACACGGCGCAGCAUCCAACAUUAAGUCGCGUGUCAAUCGUCUCUCGGUCAUGGCUGCCAUUACCUCGGCUCAGCAGCGUCUGAAGAUGUACACACGGACCCCUCCCAACGGCCUGGUCGUCUACUGCGGCACCAUCCUCACGGACGAAGGCAAGGAAAAGAAGGUCAACAUUGACUUUGAGCCCUUCAAGCCCAUCAACACCACCUUGUACAUGUGCGACAACAAGUUCCACGUCGAGGCCCUCGCAGAGCUGCUCGAGUCUGACAGCCGGUUCGGUUUCAUUAUCAUUGACGGUAACGGUUGCCUCUUUGGCGCUAUCUGCGGAAGCAGCCGAGAAAUUCUGCACUCAUUCUCCGUUGAUCUGCCCAAGAAGCACGGUCGAGGUGGUCAGUCCGCCCAGCGUUUCGGUCGUAUUCGCGAGGAGAAGCGUCACCACUACGUGCGCAAGGUCGCUGAGGCCGCCGUUCAGAUGUUCAUUGCCGACAACAAGGUCAACGUACAGGGCCUCAUUCUUGCCGGUUCUGCCGAGUUCAAGGAUGACCUGCACAAAUCCGACCUCUUUGACCCCCGUCUGUGUGCCAAGGUCGUCAAGACCAUUGAUGUGUCCUACGGUGGCGAGAACGGCUUCAACCAGGCUAUCAACCUGUCGCAGGAGUACUUGUCUAACGUCAAGUUCAUCCAGGAGAAGAAGCUUAUUGAGAAGUUCUUUGGCGAGAUCUCCCAAGAUACCGGCAAGAUUGUUUACGGUAUGGACGAUACCCUCAAGGCUUUGGAUAUGGGCGCUGUCGAGACGCUUAUUGUAUGGGAGAACCUGGAGGGCACCCGGUACGUCUUCCGCGAUGCCAAUGGUUUCAAUAUCGAACGCGUGCUCACUCCUAAGCAGGAGUCCGACCGCUCUAACUUCUUGAACAGCGAGACCGGUGCUGACCUCGAGCUGAUCAGCAAGGAACCGUUGAUUGAGUGGAUUGCCGAGGUGUACAAGCAGAAGGGUGCUCUUCUGGAGUUUGUCACGGACAAGUCGCCUGAAGGCUCGCAGUACGUCAAUGGCUUUGGUGGUAUCGGUGGUAUGCUUCGCUGGCAGCUUGACGUCACCCAGCUGGGAGGCGAAGAUGAAGGGGAUCUUUACUAUGACGAGGACGAGGAGCAGACCGAUGACGACUUUGAUGACUAUUCUAAGCAUUGACCUGCAAGUUGGGCCCAACAUAGCCCAAGUUAUUUAUAGGCAGCCUGCUUUUCGAUUGACUGUCGGAGCACGCUGAUAGAGCUCACCAAUAUAUUAAUUAAACUGUGGUUUUCUAUACCAAUUACUAUUUUUUG